AAUAUUUAUAAAAGUUAAACUAAAAGCUUGUAGAUCUAUAUUUUUUUUAAGCUUGUAGAUCUAAUUUAAAAAAAAUAAAGAUUGCUUAUUGUAGCAAAAAUGGUGGACCACGUUCCUUCAUAAGUGGGACACACACAAAAAGUAUGAUUUAUGAAUCAAUAUUUUAUGGAGUACAAAUAAAUAAUGUGAAAUCAAACUUCAACACUAUAAAAAUGUACUACUACUAAUUACUAAAACUAGCAUCAUUCACUCAAAAUUUCAAACACAACUCAAAAAAAGAAAAUGGAACUCAUCAUAGGGUUUCUACACAUUGCAAUUGCAAUAACCUUACUAACAACAUCUCAAGCAGCCGAGCCCUCCCAAAUCCGGCUGCUCCGGCCGCGCUUCGGCAGCGGGGGCCGCCGCGUGGAGGGCUUGGACUGCCUGAGCUGGCGGCUGGCGGUGGAGACCAACAACCUCCGGAGCUGGAAGGUGGUGCCUCAGUCGUGCGAGGACUACGUCGGCAACUACAUGCUCGGCCGCCAGUACCGCCGCGACAUCGAGGUCGUGGCGGAGGCCGCCGUGGAAUACGCUAAGAGCGUCCAAGUCGCCGGCGACGGCAAAGAUCUUUGGGUGUUUGAUAUUGAUGAAACAUCUCUUUCCAAUCUUCCUUACUAUGCUCGAUCCGACGUCCAAUUUGGAUCUCAACGAAGGAUACUCAAUUUAAACCAAGCUGGCUAUUACAAUUGGGAAAAGCUCAUUCUCAAGGGAGAAAAUGACCAUGGAUCAUCAGUGGAUUACAAAUCCCAGAGAAGAACAGAGUUGGUGAAUGAAGGGUACAGAAUUGUGGGAAAUAUUGGGGAUCAAUGGAGUGAUUUGAUUGGUACUAAUGUUGGGAAUAGGACAUUCAAAGUGCCUGAUCCCAUGUAUUACAUAGGAUGAUCAUGUGAUGAAUAUACUAGCGUUACAUGAUUUUGUCAAAUAAAUGUAACCAAUUUGGAGUUUAAUCAUCAUUUUGAAAUAAAUGGAACUUCCCACAUGGUUAA